CAAAUUUGAAACAUCGGUUCUGUAACCGGCUCGAAUGGCUAUCCAUGGUGGCGAUCCUGUUGAGCGUCCAGAAAACAAUGCGCCAACAGAUGCUCUGUUAGCCGAGAAGACGAAGAAUGAUACACUGAUGAACCUUUUACAAGUUCAGACAGGUAUUAUCGCCAAUCUGACUGAAACAGUCAAGAAACUGUCUACUAGCCCUCCCAGUGUACCGGAGCCCACAAAUUUAUCUCAGCAACCAUUGCGUUUCUUAUACCGAACUUGGCACUCAAACUCAAGAGCAAAAGAAGACGAGAGUGGUGACAUUGUCGCCGGAAACCCCGAUUGGCUAGUCGAGACAGAAGACGAAAUCGCACUACAUUUUGCGGAGUUCCAUUCCGACAAAACAAGCAAGAAGGACACUACCUUGAUAUCUGUGACGCACGACCCGGUUCGAGCCAUCAAAGUCGCUUAUUAUGAAUGGAAAUACCAAAGCUUUGACACACGAGAUGCAUCCACGAUCUUCAUCUCUACUAUAAAGAGUUCAGGCAGCUACUCUGCAAAAGCUCUCAAGGAGAGAGCGCUCGCGAAACCUACGUCUUUACGCUUGAGCAAGGAGGCUUAUAACCGACUAACCGAACCGAGAAACUUGAGGCUUUAUGAUUCCGAACAUUUGUUCGUUUCGAGGAUUUCGAAGGAGCAAAUCAAGGUUCGAGUGAGCCUUCAAGAUUUGUUUGACAAGAAGCUAUUGGAUGACAUACUGCCCGAACUUGACGAAAGACAUGACGUCUUCGACAGCUGCUUGAGUCCAAGCGCGAUUCGCAGCAGUAUAUUUCGCAAAUACGAUGGUGCAGUCGACAAGGUGGCUGGGAGACUCGAACAAGUAUAUUGUGCGCUUGCAGGUUUGGAAACAAAAAGACCAAAGCGGUCCUCAUUAAGACUUGCACAACAGUUAAUGCAAGACGAUCCUACACUUGAUGAUUGUGUAAGAGAGAUUGGUAUAGACAUGAUACAAAAGAAAAUGGGCAGAUUGAGGGUAAGGGCCGUGCCGGUCAGAUGAUUGGAUAAGUCGGCGUAAGCCGCCGUGGUCAGACGCUACGGUACUACCUAAGGGGUGUUCCGUGUCGCCAUACCUGAGUAG